AAUUUGUUUAUCCAGAAGCCCUUACUACCGGAAGCACCGGGGAAGCGAAAGCCUGGGGGACGAUCCAUCUAUUACCACCGGGAAAACAUGGAUUGUUGCUAAAUUCUGGAUAGAUACGAUUACAACAAGAGUCGUGUCAAGUCUGUCGCAGUUCAUGUAUCAGAAGAUGGGAGGCUGGAGUGUUUUUGUGAGCUGCUGUGCUUGGGCGAUUCUUCUUCUUGCUCUGUUUGGUGAUUCAUUGGCAUCUGCACCCGAGUUUGAUCCGUACAGUGUUCUCGGAGUGUCUAAACAUGCAAGCCUCACUGAAAUCAAGAAAAUGUACAAGAAACUGGCAAGAGAAUGGCAUCCAGACAAGAACAAAAGUCCAGGUGCAGAAGACAUGUUUAUCAAGAUCACCAAAUCUUAUGAGAUUUUAUCAAAUGAGGAGCGAAGGGCGAACUAUGAUCGUUUUGGUCAAAUGGAUGAGAAUCAAAACUUUGCGCGGCCGCCGCAGGGCUUCAGACAGUAUCAUGACAGUUUCUACUUCGACGAAUCGUUCUUUCACUUCCCUCGGACGAGUCGAGACUUCACCGAGAGCAAACAUCUCCUACACUACAACCAGUACAUGAAUGAGGUGCUGCCGGACAGCUUCAAGAGACCCUACCUGAUCAAGAUCACCUCCGAGUGGUGCUUCACCUGCAUUCACAUCGAACCCAUAUGGAAGGACACUGUGCUGGAGCUGGAGCCCUUGGGAGUCGGUAUCGGUGUGGUGGACAUUGGAUAUGAGAGACAGCUGGCUAACCAUCUUGGUGCUCACCGCACGCCAUCCAUUCUCGGUUUAGUCAAUGGAAAAGUCACUUUCUUCCACUACUCUGUGGUCAGAGAACACUUGAGGCAGUUUGUGGAAAGCCUUCUGCCCCAGAGACUAGUAGAGAAGGUGACCGAUAGCAACUACCUCGAGUUUUUAAAUAGUUGGCAUGAGGAGAACAAGCCAAGAGUGAUCAUGUUUGAUAUCGCAUCUAAUGUCCCUCUUUUGUACAAGCUCACUGCCUUCGCCUAUAAAGACUAUGUGAGGUUUGGAUAUGUGGAUAUGGGCCUGACUGAGACCUCCAAAGUCGUGCAGAGAUUCAACAUUAACACAUAUGCGCCAACAAUGCUCCUGUUUAAAGAGAACACUGAGAAACCUGCUGAUGUUAUACAGGCAAGAGGAAUGAAAAAGCAGAUCCUUGACGAGUUUGUGUCAAAUAAUCGUUUUCUUCUGGUGCCGCGUCUGGUGAAUCAGAAACUCUUUGAUGAGCUGUGUCCUGUUAAACAGUUCCACCGUCGCAGGAAGUACUGUGUUCUGCUGGUUACUGGUGAAGGAGAGCAGUUUGUGUCCGUGAACGAAGCCUUCUUUGACUUUGCUUCCUCCAACACUAAGGAAGUUCUCCGGUUCGCUUAUGUUGAUCAGAGACAACAGCAACCUCUUUGUGACACCCUACUCAAGAAAGACGACACAACCCCUCCACAGGUGAUUAUCUUGGAGAGACGUAGCACUUCAGGACGGGUGUUAUAUCGGACAGUGACGGGCGGAUGGAACGGCAGUGAUGAUGAUAAGCAUCGCCUCCAUGAGCAGCUUGAGCUUCUGCAAAGAGACCCCUCCUACCUUACCCAUGAUGCCAUGCUGCCUGAACUUAACAAUGAGUUUGCUUCUAUGUUUCUGAUUCAGUGGAUAAACACCGCAUAUGAUUACCUGGCUCAGUUUUACUUUGAUCUUCUCUACUCUAACUGGCGUGAGAUGAUGCCUGUUCUGUCGCUGAUCUUCUCGGCUCUUUUCAUCCUGUUCGGGACUGUAAUCAUUCAGGCCUUCAGUGACUCUGGGGAGGAAAAACCAACCAAACAAAAGGCCACAGAGUCACCAAAGACACCGGAGAGCUCUCCAGGCCCAGAAAGCACUUCAAGUCGUCCACCUAAGAAGAAUUUUGUGGAGGUGACAGAGCUGACAGACAUCACCUACAUGAGCAACUUAGUCCGGUUAAAGCCUGGUCACAUCAACGUGGUGCUGAUCCUCACUGAUGCUUCUAAACAAGUGCUGCUCAGGAAGUUUGCCAAAGAAGUAUACUCAUUCUCAGGGUCUCAGAAUCUCCACUACUCCUUUCUAAAUGUGGACAAGCACCGCCAAUGGAUGGACUCCCUCAUGGAGUCUGCUCCCGACGCCAGGUCGGAUGAAGAGGAAGAGGUGGAGGACCCCAGCACCAACAAAUUAGACCACACGGGCCACGUCCUGGCGCUCAACGGCCACAAGAAGUACUUCUGCGUAUUCAGACCCGUGUUUACAGGUGAGGAAGCUGAACGUAGCAGGUACUCGGAUGACGAUGCAGCGACCGGAGGAACCAGCAGAACCUCAAGGUCCCGUUCAAGUUCCCGUCAGAAGGCCACGACUCUGGAGAUCCACCACAAACUGGACCGACUGGGCCUGUGGAUGGAGCGGCUCAUGGAGGGAACUCUACCAAGGCACUACGUUUCAGCCUGGCCCGGUAUGGACACCAUCACACCGCAGAAAUAAGACUAUACCCAUAGCAGGAGAUGUCGAAUUCUAGACCUUUUUCAAUCUCGAUUACAUGGUCGUUUUUAAAAGAUGUUAAGUUAUUUUGUGAAAUGCACUGGUUAUGAGAGGAUAUUUAGAGCAGUGUUUCCCAACUCUGUUCCUGAAGGCACACCAACAGUACACACUUCCUAAUCAAACACACCUGAAUCAACUCAUCAGAACAUUAGAAAGUCUCCAAAACAUGAAGUUAAUGAGUCAGAUAGGGGAGACGUCCAAAAUAUGUUGGUGUGCCUUCAGGAACAGGGUUGGGGAAACACUGAUUUAGAGCACAAUUUGCCUGUUUGCUGCUUUCGAGGUUAAACUCAAUUCCCAUCUGCCAGUGUAGGCUCGUUUCAUUACUGUACGGAUGCCGAUACCCAGAUAAAGCCACUCUGUGUAGCUUUGAAUAGGGCUAAAUGUGUCUUUACACUGCUGGGGGAUUGGCGGCCAUUGCGCUACUUUAUAAUUUGGGCCUUCGAUUUGGUCCUGACUUAAGAGAAGCUUGUAUUAAAGGGAUAGUUGACCCAAAAACUGAACGUUCUGUCAUCAUUUACUCAGCAUUCAAUUGUUAAAACCUGUUGGACAUUCUCCUCUUGAACACAAAAAAACAUUGACUUACUAUGGAAGUCAAUGGUUUUCAACUUUCUUCAAAAUAGCUUCUUUUGUGUUCAGAAUAAAUUCAUUAAGGCUUGAAACUGCUUGAAUGUGAGUAAAUUGUGGAUAAAUUACCAUUUUUGGGUGAACUAUACCUAAUUUAAGGUUACUCAUCAGCCUUUUUUUGCAGUCGGAGUCGUUAUUUGGAUUAUAGAGAUUAAAAUGUGUGUGCGUGUGUCUGUAUGUGUACGAAAGGUUUCGUUAACCCAAUUUCCUUAUGCAAAAUCUCAAUUUACUAAACCGUGCUGCAUGAAGAGUUCACUAUAUUGCAUUAUAAAUACAAUCCUUUAAUGCCGUUUGUGCAUGUGCUGCCUUUUUAUCAGACACCAUAGUUACUUUAGUCGAUUAAUUCAUGUUUUGCACUUUGAAAGACUCGCUUAUCUUUCAUUCCUAAACUCCAUAUUUAAAUAGAGACUCUAAAUGCAUCUGAAUCAUCACAACCGGUUGAAUAAGAUUAAGAAUGUCUGUAGAUCAUGGGUCUCGAUUCCUGGAGGGCCGCAGCGCUGCACAGUUUGGCUCCAACCCUAAUCAAACACAGCUAAUGCUACUAAUCAAGGUGUUCGAGACUCUUUUAAACAACUUGAUUAAGUGAUCAGCUGUGCUUGAUUUUUGACCGCUGCGUCCCUUCAGGAAUCCAGCUUUGAGACCUAUGCUGUAGAUCAGGCGUGUCCAAAUUCGGUCCUGGAGGGCCGGUGUCCGGCAAAGUUUAGUUCUAACCACAAUCAGACACACCUGGGCUAGCUAAUCAAGCUUUAACUAGGCUUUCUAGAAACAUCCUUGCAGGUGUGUUGAGGCAAGUUGGAGCUAAAAUCUGCAGGAUACUUACCCUCCAGGACCGAGUUUGGACAUCACUGUGUAGAUCAGGGGUGUCAAACUCAAUCCCUGGGGGGCCGAAGCCCUGCACAGUUUAGCUCCAACCCUGCUCCAACACACUUACCUGUAGGUUUCAAACAAGCCUGAAGGACUCAAUUAGUUUGAUCAGGUGUGUUUAAUUAGGGUUGGAACUAAACUGUGCAGAGCUGUGGCCCUUUUGGAACCUAGUUUGACACCUGUGGCAUAGAUCAUCAGUUGGUGGUUUCUUUUAAAGGGGUAGUUCACCCAAUAAUGAACGUUUUCUCAUUAUUUACUCACAUUCAGCUAAUUCUAAACUGAAUUUUUUUCUUCUGUUAAACACAAAAGAUGAUAUUCUGAAGAAUGUUGGGGUUAAAAAAGCAGCCAUUGACAUCUAUAAUAGGAACAAAACGUGUAUAUAUAAUGGAAGUGAAUGGCUGUUAUUUCAUAACAUUCUUCAGUAUCUGUCUUUGUGUUCAGCAGAAGAAGAAAACUGGAGGAUGACUAAAUGAUUUUUCAUUUUGGGUGUACUGUCUCUUUAAGAAAAUGACUUUUUAUGUUGCACUAUUUUGUGGUUGAUUUAUAUAUCAUGUUCAUUGUUUAAAUAAUAAUAAUGAUGAUAAUAAUAAUAAAGUUUGUACUGUA